UGGAAUUACUUGUCAGUUAUAUCACAAACAUCAACUCAAGCUACGCUUUUAAAGGAAACAAGUGAAAAUGUAUACUAAAAUAUUAAUUCUUCUUGCUUUAAUAGCAGUUGUGUAUGGAAAAAGUGUCAUAGUAGGGCAGACAUACGACCAUAGUGGAAUUGUACGGAAAGUGUAUGAGAAAUCGUUGGAGAAAAAUGCUAUACCAUUAGUGAAGCGAGAAGAGGAAGUCUUCUUUGAAUAUCCGAUAGGAGACCAGAAGAUAAAAGGAAUUGCUAUAAAGGAUCUGGAGAACGGUCUGGCCGAGCCGUCGAUCACCAGAGGAGGUCUCGGGUUCAACUUCGUCAACAUUAAGCUGAAGAGCGAACGCGGCUCUGGAUACAAGUUCCUUAUUGAAAUCUACGCGUAAAUUAUUGUCGAGUGUUCCUUCGAUUACCGGUUGCAUAUAAUAAGGAAUAAUGGUGGUUUCUGUCCUGUGUUAAAUGUAAUGCACCUGUCUGUCUGUGUCUGUGGUGUCCGGAAGUAAUAAAUCUUUCUUUCUUU